CGGCACGAGCCUUUAGUCAAGCGUAGAAAAUAACACGAUCGCAUUUUUUGUGAAUAACACUAACAUUUAUUCAGAUUCCUUGUGUAGUAAAUAAACUGCAAGGCUUACAAUGCCGGAGGAAUCGUUUCGUCAGGUGGACGAGAAGCAUGUGACCGUUGAAGCAGAGCUCAUGGUCUGGUCACCAAAGUUUGACCUUGUCGCCCUUGCUAAUGUCAAUGGAGAGGUUGUUCUUCACCGUCUAUCCUGGCAAAAGGUUUGGAGCCUGCCAGCCCAUACAGAAGAUGCACGGGUUAAAGCCAUGGCCUGGAGACCCGAUGGGAAAGUGUUGGCGGUAGGCUACACCACUGGCCACAUGCUACUGUGUUACAUCGAGAAUGCUGAUAUUCUCCACAGUAUUGACCUCCAGCAGCAGGUGACCUGUCUUUCAUGGGUGGCACAGUCCCUCCCAGGGGGUGAGGCCUGGUCAUGUGACCCCUACUUGCCAGACAACACGGACUCAUACCUCCCUCGUCUGCAGCCUCUAAGUAAAAGUUAUGGCAGCUUGUCAAAAGGAAAUAGUGAGGAGAAUGUCGAGGAUAGGAAGAAACUGAGGGGUCAGAAAGAGUUGAAUGUGUUGGUGGUGGGGAGUGGGUGUCGGGAAGUGGAGCUCUAUAUCUAUGGUGUGUUUCCUGUGGCAAGGGUCAACAUCAACGAUGACAUCACUGCACAGGGUGGUGAGGUGGUGAAUGCUGUGUUGUCAGAGGAUCUUUCGAGUCUUCUGGUGGUGGUCAGACAGCCUGGGCAUGAUGAACAUGAAUAUACACUUUACACGUAUGAUACUACAUUGCUGAAAUCACAUGACAAGGAGCUUCACAUGCUGGCCCACAAGUACGGCCAGAUAGCCACUUGUAUAGAGUACCUGGGAAAUGUGGUGCAGCAGAUGCAGGAAGCAUGGGAGGACAUCCUGCUGGAGAUGGACUCCAAACUGUACAACUUUGCUGAACAGAAACAGGCAUCUGGUGCUGGGACAGUGAGCAAUGACUUCCUGGAACUACUUCUCUUUGGAACUCCCAGCCCAGAACUGCAGACCUUCCUUCUUUGUGAGCUGACAGACAAGGGUUUAAAAAAGCUUGGUAACUCCAUUGAGACGUCAUACAACAACAUUCAGAAACUGGUUGUGAAACACUUGCAGACUGUAAGCCAGGGUAUAGUGUAUCACUUGGCUGAGAUGCGCGGUAUGGCCCAGUAUUAUGAGAGGUUUGGAGUCCUAGGAAUCGACUUGGAGUGGCUCCACAAGGCUCUUAUCACGGCCGGGUCGUUUGUCCUCAAAACCAGUGAACUACAGCAAGUGAUUGAUGGCAGUAUUAGGAAUUUCAAGGCUUUCUUCAGGUGGCUCUAUGUAGUAAUACUGCGUCUAUCAGAUGAGAAACCUCCACCUGAACUUAGCAAGAUGACCCAGCAUGAUGUGAACUUUGUGGCUGACUUCCUCAGGGACAACUUUGCCCAGUUUACAGAGAAGGAGGAAGAAGAGUCAAUAGAGGACCUUAGAGCUCUCUCCCCGACGGACAAGCGGGCAGGCUUCAAGCUCGAGAAAGUUGGACAGUACCUGAAGAAAGAGAACCUAAGCUCACCACCUGAUGUAUCUGGGAAUCCCUGGGUACAGUUCUGUAGAUCCAGCCAUAGUCUUAAAGACAGUAAGGUGCUUUACCCUGUGGAGACCAAUAAGUCCCUCCUACAGGUCCAGGAAUCACUUGAGACGACUGUCAAAUCUGCCCUACACAGACCAGCGGGUCAGAUAGGCUCGUCUCUAAAGUGUGUCUCCUCACUCUAUUUGUUUGCUGCUCAGCAUGGAGAGGAGGGCACAAAACAUCUAACCCCUAAAUUUGCACAGUUUACAUCUGGUAGCCUGGGUCGUCUGUUCACUGUUUUCACGUCGGACUCGGGGCCAUGUCAGAAGCUCCACGUCCUUUCACAACCAACAAACGCACAUAGUAUACGAGGUCAAGUGCGACUGUUGUCCGUGACAUUUUCCAGCCUACCACGACCAGAGAGUCUCAACCUCAGUUCUGAGUCAGCAUCAGACAGUCACAGGAGUGGGGCCCUGCGUGUGAUUGAUGUAGCGUACUACGAUGAUGCGCACAUUGCCAUACUGCUGGUGGAGGACACGGGCGACGAGACACCGAUACUCGUGAAACUGGGCGUCGCUCCUCUCGUGCAACACGACAUGUACACUGUAACCGCCACAGCAGAUGUCAACAACUCCACUGACAUCCCAGUAGUUGAUGUCUGCGACCUUGAGGAAGUUCAAUAUCGCUGGCUGCCCAACAUGAAGGCCCACUCCUUUGCAGUCAGUGGUACCCGGCAUACUGCCACGGUGUUGUUUUCAUCCAAAAGAAGAGUGCGGAUAUUCCUAAUGGAUGCCGAAGAUGACGAUGAUGAUGACGAUGAUGUAGAUGGUGACAUCACAAACCACAGUGAGGCUGACCAAUCAGCUCUUAACAUUGUGGUGGACAACAACCAAUCAGGUUGCAGCUCUAAAAAUACCAGCCAAUCAGAGGUGUCCAUGCAGAUAGAGGGUAGUGAUGUGGGUGGAGAAGAACAAGAGGAUAAGGAGAAUAGCAGCAGCCUUGCGAGCAGUGGAGAAACCUCAAACAUACCAUGAACGGGGCUUAUCAGUUGUGGAAUUUUGGAGACGAAGCCUCAAAUGUAUGUAGCUUGAAUAAGGUGUAUCAGUUGUGGAAUUGUGAUAGCGAGACCUCCAGCAUAUCAUGAACAUGGCUUAUUAUUGUAGAAGAGAAACCUCGCAACAUACAGUGAAACCUCUAAUAAAAGCCUCCUCUAACAUACUGUGAAUAGGGCUUAUCAGUUGUUGAAAUGUGAAGCAGAAACCACCAACAUACUGGCUGGUAUUGUGGCGGGGAUCUCUGUCAUAUACUGUAAUGAACUGGGCUUAUCAGUUUUGGAAUUGUGGUGGGAAAACAUCUUACUGACUGUGAACAAGGCUUAUCAGUUGAAGAAUUGUGAAGGGGAAACAUCCAACAUCCUGGAUGGUGUUGUGAUGGGGAGCUCUCUGUAUAUACAAUCAAGUGUGCUUACGAGUAGUGGAAUUGUGUUGCGAAAUCUUGUGAUAUUCUGUGAACAGGGCUUAUCAGCAGUGAACUGGUCAGCAAAAGGGAACCGUCAAUGACAUCAAAACAAAACAAAUAUUUUAUUAUCUAAAGUAUUUAAUACUAUGAAGGCAGAAGGGUGCAUAUCCUUGUCUCCAUCAGAGCAGAAGGGUGCUACCUUCCAAAAAGGACAGGAUGCAGCAACUUUCCUUAAAUCUUUAGCUAGAACUCCAGUUUUAAUGUCCAAAGUAAGGUUACCAACAGUGUAUACUUGUGACUGGAGCUUAUAUGCAAGCCAACUAUGAACUAAUGCAUGCACUAAUAUUUACUCAACCAUCCAACCUACUUCAUUAACCAAGUUAGAUAACUUUACUUUGCAUUUAUUGCCAAUAAUAGGCCUUUAUUAUUUGACUUAGAAAUUCUGGUUAAGGUUUUGCGUGCAAGCACACAUAGGUUAAUAUCUCAGCAACCACUUGAGGUAUUGCAUUUAGACUUUAUACACUGGUACUCAACCAUCCAACCUACCUAAUUUACCAAGUUAGAUAACUCUAGUUUGCAUAUAAUUCAAGUAAUGGCCCCUUUUUUAUUCAACAUAGAAAUUCUUGUUAAGGUUUUGCAUGUAACCACUUUUAAAUCAAUACCUCAGCGAAUACAUCAUGUAUUGCAUUGAAACUUUACACACAGGCUCCCAACCAUUUAACCUUCUUAUUUAAUCAAGAAAGAUAACUCUAUCUUUCAUAUUAAAUAUUUUUUACCCCUUUAUUAUGCGACUUAGAAAUUCUGGUUAAGGUCUUGCAUGUUAGCACACAUAGAACAAUAUCUCAGCAACUAUUUGAGGUAUUGCAUUGAGACUUUAUACAAUGGUAUUCAACCACCCAACCUAAUUGAAUAACCAAGUUAGAUAACUGUAUUUUCUCAAAUAAUGGCCCUUUAUUAUUACACUUAAAAAUUCUGGUUAAAAUUUUGCAUGUAACCACAUUUAUGUUAAUAUCUCCGCACAUCAUAUAUUGCAUUGAAAUCUAAUCUAACAGUGAUCCAUGCAUUCACCAAAACUUUUCAAUCCUUACACUGAAAAGCUGCGGAAUAGUCGAGCACGCUGUCUCUGUGACAGCUCUUGUUUAUUGUAAAGUCCAACAUUUGUAAGAAAUUCAGCAUUUUGGGAAAAAAAUCAGAGAAAUUUAUUGCUUAGAAGUUUAAAAAUUGGAACAUUGAGUAGCUUUAAUGGGCACUCCAUCUCGUAUGUAACCUAAAAUGUUGAAUUUGUUGACGUUAUGGUUUUGAAUUUAAUGAAACUUAUUUGUUGUAUACUCAUCAUACAGAAUAAAUACUUGCAUAAAGAUA